GGAAGGCCGCCUCGUCUUGCGUGACGUCACUGUACGUCAGCGAAGAGUUGUCCGCGAUAUUCAGGGAAGUGGAGGAUUGAAUUGGAGUGGAAUCGGUGCUUUUUAGUUGGAUUUUUAUUAUUCUCUUGGAUUAGAAAUAGAACGGUUCAAUGCUGGUCUCUUAACAGUGCGUGUUAAGAAUGACAUCCCUCCAUUGGAUUUUGUUGCUGUUUUGUGCAGCAUGCACAGGAGGUCAGUAUGGCAACCGUUUAAACCAGUUCAUUAGGCACUAUGAAGGACUGUCGUAUGACACAGAUACUUUACACAAAAAACACCAGCGUGCCAAGCGAGCAGUUUCCCAUCACGAGCAGUUCGUUCAUUUAAACUUUCAUGCACAUGGCAGGCAUUUUGAGCUUCGAAUGAAAAGAGAUACUUCUUUGUUCACAAAAGAUUUCACAUUAGAAGAGUCUGGCAGAAUACUUGACUAUGAUACCUCUCAUAUUUAUACAGGGGAAAUAUAUGGUGAAAAGGGAAGUCUUACGCAUGGCUCUAUCACUGAUGGGAGAUUUGAAGGAUUCAUACAAACUCAUGGAGGUACCUUUUAUGUGGAGCCAACAGAGAGAUACAUUAAAGACCGGAAGAUGCCUUUCCACUCUGUCAUUUACCAUGAGGAGGAUAUCUAUUACCCUCACAAAUACGGACCUCAAGGAGGAUGUGCAGAUCAUUCGGUGUUUGAAAGAAUGAAACUUUAUCAGAUGUCUGCUGUUGAGGACCAUCCACAGGAGGGUAUGCAGAAGCCAGAAGAAGAAAUGGAAGAAACAUCUGGUCCGGUAAUUUUAAGAAAACGUCGUGAAGCCCAAGCAGAGAAGAACACUUGCCAGUUGUAUAUUCAGACUGACCAUCUGUUUUUUAAGUAUUAUGGAACAAGGGAAUCCGUCAUAUCACAGAUUUCUAGCCAUGUUAAAGCUAUUGACACCAUUUACCAAACAACUGAUUUCAAAGGCAUACGAAACAUUAGUUUCAUGGUCAAAAGAAUUAGGAUUAACACCACCAGUGAUGAAAGAGAGAUUACAAAUCCCUUCAGGUUUCCUAAUAUUGGUGUUGAAAAAUUUUUGGAAUUAAAUUCUGAGCAAAACCACGAUGACUACUGCUUGGCUUAUGUGUUUACUGAUCGUGAUUUUGACGAUGGUGUUCUUGGACUGGCUUGGGUUGGAGCACCUUCUGGAAGUUCAGGUGGCAUUUGUGAAAAGAGCAAACUAUAUUCUGAUGGCAAAAAGAAGUCUCUGAAUACUGGAAUAAUCACUGUUCAAAAUUAUGGUUCCCAUGUCCCUCCAAAAGUUUCACAUAUCACUUUUGCCCAUGAAGUUGGACACAAUUUUGGAUCUCCUCAUGAUUCUGGAAGUGAGUGCACACCUGGGGAGUCCAAGUCAUUAGACUCCAAAGAAAAGGGAAACUUUAUUAUGUAUGCAAGAGCAACAUCUGGUGAUAAGUAUAACAACAACAAGUUCUCAAUCUGCAGUAUUAAAAAUAUCAGCCUGGUUCUUGAAAAGAAGAGGAAUUUCUGUUUUGUUGCCCAAGUCAGGGCCCCUGUUGUACACCGCAGUGCGUCUUUAGAGGGACAGAUGCUAAAUGCCGUGAGGAAUCAGACUGCGCAAAGAACAGUACAUGCAAUGGCAGAAGUGCACAGUGCCCUAUGUCAGAACCAAAGAAAAACUUCACAACAUGCAACAGAGACACCCAAGUGUGCAUCAAUGGGCAAUGUGCUGGCUCGAUCUGUGAGAAGUUCGGCUUGGAAGAAUGCACUUGUGGAAAUCCAGAUGGAAAAGAUGACAAGGAAUUGUGCCAUGUCUGCUGCCUGAACAAAACUGAUUCAUCAUGUUCAAGUACUGGAUCAGAUCGCUUGUCUGCACAUUUCCAUGGGAAGACCAUUACACUGCAGCCAGGCUCUCCAUGUAAUGACUUCAAGGGCUACUGUGAUGUGUUUAUGAGAUGUCGACUGGUAGAUGCAGAUGGUCCUUUGGCCAGACUAAAAAAAGCCAUCUUUAAUCCUGAGCUAUAUGAGAACAUUGCUGAAUGGAUUGUGGCUCACUGGUGGGCAGUAUUGUUGAUGGGAAUUGCUCUCAUAAUGUUGAUGGCAGGUUUCAUUAAAAUAUGCAGCGUUCACACACCAAGCAGCAAUCCAAAACUGCCCCCUCCUAAACCUCUUCCUGGCACUUUAAAAAGGAGAAGACAGCAGCAACAACAGCAGCAGCAGGCGGUACGACGUGGGGUCCGUGAGAGCUACCAGAUGGGACAGAUGAGACAUUAGCAGCAGUUUGCCUUGGUUCCUUCUAGUGCCUACAGUAGGAAGACUUCACUCCAAAGAAAACCUGUUAACAGACUUUAUACCCUCUCUAAUUCGGAAGGCAUUGCUGGGCCCAUAGACAAAAAUGGCUUUGUCAUGCUUCAGUAGAGCCUUCAAACUCAAAGUGAAGCUUAAAGUGAACAGUUUGUGUUAAUAUGGUUUUCCUUUAGAGGGCAUAAUAUUUUUUAACCUAUUUAAUGGCACAGAAUCUUAAAAAGAUUGACUUGCCCCAUGUCUCCUCAUUGCUGCAUAUUCUGUAUUGCAAAUAAAUAUGAUUCCAGUUAUAACUGAAUAUUUUAACUGCCAAUCAAGACUGAGAAGCUCAACAACUUCAGUGUUCAAAACUUUAUUUGCCAAUAUAUUUCCUAAUUGUUCUACACAGGCCUCUGUUUUCUUACACAUACUAAUAUUUGUGUGGAACUGUAAAAAUGCAAUAUGGAUUUCUUUCCUUGUAUUAUAAACUUUUUCUGCUGUUUAAUAAAGAAUUCUACUGUUUUAAUCGAUAUACUCAGGAUAAUAAAGGAUAUGAUGGGUUAUGGCAAGGAAUUGAGAUGUUUUCCACAGCAGCUGUGAAAUGGGAUUCUAAAAUUCUGCUGUUUUUUUUUUUUCAUGGCUUGUAUUUAUGUAUCCAAAAUGUUGUUUUUACCUGAAUGAACAGCUGCUUAUACAGUAUGUAUAUUGUUCAACACUGAAAGGUUGUCUUGCAGAAAAAAGUGGCAGAUGAUAAUGUCCAGUCUGAGUUUUGUGCAUUCUGUUAUCUGGACUCUUUCAUUAAUAGUUUCAGAUAGAGAUUUAUGGGAAGAAAUUGUAAUUGUUACCUUUAAUCUACAGAAAUGUGGCAGAGAAAGCAAAAGGGGUGUAAUUUUACUUGUGGAGUUGGGAUUUUUGAUUUUUGCCUGCUGCAGAUUGAAUGACCACUAAGUAGUAAAUUGUACUUACAUAGGGGCAGGCUAUACAAAUGCAAUGAGGGAUGUUGCAGUACAGACAGAUUUCACUAAUAGGAGGCUCAUUGCCGUUUUGUUCAAGUAAGUUACCCAAAGUGAUAUUAUUUAAUUAGAAUCCCAUUAGUAACAUUGGUAUUUUUCUUACCAUUUCUUGUGCAACUGUUUUUAAAUAAAACCAAGGGAAAUGAUUCAGCUGUACUGAUUUAAGAUUUUUCUUGGUUUUAAAGAAAAUAUUAUUUGGUAAGUACUGGAAACAGUUCCGUUUUAAGAGUAUAAAGUUUACAUGGAUGUGUGUGUGAUAGUGAUGUAAGCCAGCAGGACCAUAAACUUUAUCAAGAAAAGCAUGAUGUCUCUUCCUUGUAAACUUGUACAUUAGGUAAAGAAUUUUUCGAAUUACAGAUUUUUUGUACAUGAAUUAGGGGACAGUUUUGUAUUUGAACCCAUAAUUCCUCUAGAUGUAUGAUUAUACAGAAUUAUAAAUGGUCUUAAAUCGAGAGCUAUAUAUAUGUAGUUACUUUUUUAAUCUUUAAAAUACUUCCAUUUUCAAUUGUACAGAAGUUGGGUUUAUGUUUGCUGUUUUUUUCUUUUUCUUGCAAGUCAUUACUGAGGUUUUGUUGAGUGUAGUAGAAUGUCCCAUCUUUAUUUUGUGUUUCUAUCCUGUGGUAGGAUUUGAGUAGUGUAAUGAGGUCCUUUUAGUUAUUUCAAGUCUAUAUAUAACAUUUUCUGGAAAGAAAAUAUGCACUGAACUCUCUCCACUGCAGGUUUCAAUGUGGUAAGAAAAGGAAUCAAAAGAGAAAUGUGAUCCUAGUGAGACUGCUGUCAGCUUUCCUUCUCCACUGUGUUUUAUACAGUAUCUUUUUUUGUUUCACUUUGAAAAUUUUUACGGAAAGUUGCAAAAAAGUAUUGUGCAGAGAUAUGUACAUUUUUUGACAUUUGAAAUGCAUUAAUAAAUAGACUUGGUCAAAUAAAA